GUGUGUUGUGUCCUGCAGGGGUCAGACCUGACCAGCAUGGACAUGAUCCCUGAGCCAAUCAAGGAGGCCACAGCACUCUUCUCAGGGAGCUCACCUCAGGUGGAUCUCCCCCAGGGUCAGAUGGACUCUCUGCUGUCCAUCAUCUCUAGCCAGAGAGAGGGUUCGGCUCAGGACAGGGAGCUGGAGGCGAGAGCCGUACUACGCAGCAGACUCUGCUGGCCCUACAGACGGAGCUGGACAGCCUCCGCGCCGACAACAUCAAACUCUACGAGAAGAUCAAGUUCCUGCAGAGCUAUGCAGGCAGAGCUGGGAGCAGCGAUGACCGCGGUGCCUUCUCCUCCCGAGAGCCGUACUACGCAGCAGACUCUGCUGGCCCUACAGACGGAGCUGGACAGCCUCCGCGCCGACAACAUCAAACUCUACGAGAAGAUCAAGUUCCUGCAGAGCUAUGCAGGCAGAGCUGGGGGCGAUGACCACCGGUGA